AUGUCUUCGUCUAUAAGUGUUCCCCCCUGUGGCACAGAAGUGUUUCAUGGGGAUUAUGUUACUUGGCCCAGCUUCCGUGACUUAUUCACGGCAAUAUAUAUAAACAACAAAAAGCUUAGUCCAGUGGAGAAAUUGUACCACUUGUUUCAAAAAACAAGUGGAGAGGCAAGGGAAAUUAAUAAGAAUAUACCACUAACAGCGGAAGGGUUUGAGAUUGCGUGGGCGAAUCUGAAGAGCCAGUACGAAAACAAACGAAUUUUAAUAAACAAUCAGUUGAGAAUUCUUUUUAAUUUGCCCCAUUGUACUCAGGAGUCUGCAAGUUGUCUCAAGAAAUUACAUAGGGACAUUACGAAUUGUAUUUCGGUUCUAAGGCUAUACAAAAUUGAUGUCGGAUCAUGGGAUCCAAUAUUUGUUUUCCAAUGCUCAACAAAGCUUCCGAAACUAACACUGUCUCUAUGGGAGCAGUCGGUUGAAGAAAAAACCGAACUUCCGAAAUGGGAGGAUUUAUGUAAAUUUUUGACUGAAAGGUUUCAUACUUUGGAAAGUGUCUCAGAUAUGAUGGGUUCACAGGAUUUUGCCUCGAGACAAAAAAGAAAUACGAAUGACAGCACUAGACAGUUCAAAGUACAUCAUACUACGGUAAACAAACAAAGAUGUACAUUAUGUAAAGAGAGUCAUGUAUUGAAAUCUUGCCCAAAAUUUAUGAAUAUGAGUCCGAAACAAAGAAUAUCGGCAGCCAGCCGGGACAAAAGUUGUCUUAAUUGUUUGGCUCAGGGUCAUACAGCUUCGAAGUGUUUCAGUAAAGGUGUGUGUGUCAAUUGUGGUGCAAAGCAUCAUACUCUUUUACACAUCAGUAAGGAACCACCACAGAACCACGCGGGUGUAGCAAAUGGCUCAAACGUGACACAGGGUCAAUCGAAACAGUCUACAGAAGCGCCUUCUACGUCGCAGGAUGUAAGGGCGUACCAUACAUCCGUGUCUAACAGAACAAUGUUGGCUACAGCGUGGAUCUAUGUUAUGAAAGACGGGUUGUCUUAUAAAGUAAGGGCAUUAAUUGACCCGUGUUCGGACGAUACGUUCAUAUCGAAUAAAAUUCAGAAAUUAUUGAAUUUGCCUACGAAAUCUGUCUCAGCUGAAAUUUCAGGGUUAGGAGGUGAAUAUCUGGCCAAGUGUUCCAAAAUUGCAUAUUUUUCAAUUGCCUCUAUCGUAAAACCGGCAUUUUCUGUAGAUAUUGAUGCACUUGUUGUGCAGGAUGUUACGGGCAAUGUUCCUACUCAUUCCUUUGGGAAUAUGACUCCUGGUCAACUUCCAAAUUUGGAAUAUGCAGAUCCUCAUUUUUACCAAACUGGUCCAGUCGAUCUUUUGAUCGGGGGAAAUUUGUAUCCGUUGAUUUUGCUUGAGGAAGUAAAGCUCGGGAUUCUUGGGUCUCUCGUGGCCCAACACACGGUAUUUGGCUGGAUUGUUACUGGGCCAACGAAUGGAGCCAAAUCAAGGCGUUUGGUUCGUUUUUCGCAUUGUACUCGGGUGUCAAUUGAUGAGCAGUUGACAAGGUUUUGGGAAAUAGAGGAGGUUGCAAAGAAGACCACAUACUCCGUAGAUGACCUUGCAUGUGAGGAGAUAUACAAAAAAUCCACAAUUAGGACUGCGAAUGGCCGAUACAGGGUGGAUUUGCCAUUCCGACCCGAGAACCUGUUGGGUUCGUCGACUACUACCAAUAGGUAUGUUGCUCUUUAUCAGUUUCUUCGAAACGAAAGAUCUUUGGCCCGCAAGCCCGAGUUAAAGAGUAUGUAUGAUGAAGUCAUCAAUGAAUAUUUGUCCCUAGGACAUAUGGAGAAGGUCGAUUCACCUAGAAACAAUUAA